AGUAGACUUCUACAUUCAGCUCAAUCACGUAAUCAGUAGAAUUACACUAACUGAAUAUCCGCAACUGAACAUCAUACAAAAUGACGAUCUACAAGACCGAAGCGCGAAUUUACUCUCCAAAAAUUGUUGAAGAUGCAUCCAAAGCAUCAUCACAGCCACUUGAGCAAUGCAGAGAUUGUACAGGCCCUGAGUGCAGAGAAGGAAAUUGCCAAUUUGAGUGUGACUGCGAGGCUGGGAGUGCAGUAAGGGUUGUGCGCCGGCAGGCCAGGCCCUGCAGUACCUGGGCGCUGGCUGCCAUCUGCACAGUGACCGUGGGGCUGUGCAUCGUCCUGGCAGGGUUGCUGUAUGUGGCCACUCGAUCGACGAUGACCCCAGGGUUCUGCAAGGUGAUCUUUCCUCCUUACGAGUUCACCAACGAGACUUGCGAGGAGACCAUCGGAGUCGAGGAACAGAAGCAGAUCGAGACCAUCGAUAUCCCCAAGUUCAACAGCAACCAUCACAUCACCGUCAUGGCCGACUUCAGCAUCCACAUGACUGCUUUCCGCGACAACGAGGACAAGCGCUGCUUCCUGAUGAAUCAUACAAACUCCCUCUUUGAGAGCCCGUCCAACCUGCUUGAAUUCAUGAGAGACUACAGGAACGGUGCCCACCUGACUCAGCUGAAGACCAUCUAUGCUAAGAUGCAGGUCCAGGGUCCUGCUAUUAACAUGACAGUAGUGGCUACCAGCAUCCAGACUCAUUGCUUUCAGAUCUCAACCUUCUGGCUUCACUCCACACAGAUCAUUGAAGAAGGUGGUCUCGUGAAGAGGAGUGUGGACUCUGAACCUAGUCAGUCGCUCGUCUUCUGCAACGGAAAGGACCGAGUCCAUGUCGAUAUUAUGGGCGCUUAGAGGCAGAAAGAUUUAAGAAUAAUCAAAUCAGCACAUCAUUAAGGUUUGCACGGCUAACCCCAUCGAUGACUUAGCCCGGAAAUAUAUCCACGAUUGUAUAAAUCAAAUUUUAAUGUUAUAUCAAAUUUUAUUGGACUUAGGAUUAUUUGAUCAAGUAAAUUGGUCUUUAAGUUGUUUAUUAAAGGUAAUACACAGUUUUGGUAUGGGGUCAUGAAUUUCAUUCAAAUGAACAUAUUGGAAGCAUAUGCGAUCCUACAAUAUUCAGUGAUCGUUGU